AUGCUGGCAGGUUUGUUGUCAGUGCUAAUCGCAUUCGCGGCGUCUUUGGCGCAAGCCACUGUCCUUAGGAACUUCCAGGUUGCACAACCAGUACCAGUACCUCAGGACGUGAAGAGCUGUACAAUCCAAGUUCUGCAGUCAUUCAUAGCGCCAGUCGCCCCGAAUGUCGAUGACAUACAACAACGUAGCCCUCCCACCGAUUGCGGUGCACCCGGUACCUGGUCAGCCAUCACACUGAACUUCACAGUCACCUCCAAUGGAACCCAAUUCGACCGGCUAGGCAUAUUCACAUUCCAAAAUGUUGAGAUCUGGCGUACAUCGACGCCUGAGCCCGUGCGAGGUGACGGUAUCAUCUGGACGUAUAUCAAGGAUAUUACGCAUUAUGCGCCGCUUUUCCGGAAACCCGGGACAUUCAUUUUGCAAUUGGAUAACUUGAUACAGGACAAUCUUGACGGCGUGUAUGCAACGAUCUUACAUGCGACGUUCCAUGCUCCAACCACUAAGAAACAACGACGCAAACAGGCGGAUGUGAUCCUUCCAUUGUCGACGAUGCGGAACGAUACCGGCAACGAUGCCUCCGUUCCGCCUGGGUUUUCGACUAACGUCACUUUCCCGACGAACACUAUUAAAGUGUUUGCAGAGUUAUAUGCUUCGGGCAAUGGUCAAGAAGAGUCUUGGUACUUCAAUGUACCAAAUCGAUUCUUCUCCAACAUCCCCCCAGAUAUAACUUUCGGCAACGGCCCAUUCCGGGAAGUUAGGUUGCUGAUCGACGAACGCGUCGCUGGUGUUGCCUUUCCAUACGCAACGAUCUUCACAGGAGGGUUUGUUCCCUCAGUAUGGAGGCCCAUCUCUGCGUAUGGCGCUCUCGACCUCCCGACUUAUUUCAUUGACGUUACGCCCUUCGUGCCUCUGCUUGCUGACGGAAAAUCCCACAACUUCACCAUUGACGUGGUCUCUGCCGAAGCGAAUCACUCAACCCUACAAAAUUGGUUCGUCUCUGGAGCGCUCUACGUCGUAACUGAUUCCUCCACCCGGCCGACAAUAGGCAAGAUAGUCUCGUACGACGUCAGCCCGUUUGCUCAGUCCGCCACAAAGGGGAGCAUAGGAGACAUAGGAGAGGUAGAAUUCAUUUUGAAGGCCAGUCGAAGGCUUCGAAUCGAAUCGGAGAUCGUGAGUGGCAGUGGUGUCAAGUCGCACAUCGUGUGGUCACAGAGCCUCGCGUAUUCCAAUUCUCAAACAUAUCGGGUGAAUGGAACCGUGCAGUCACUGCAGCAAAGUUCGACGGGAAGAAUCACCUCUUCUCACGAUGGAGUCCCAGUUGUUAGAGAUGUUUUUUCCUAUCCGCUGGACAUAAACUUCAAAUACCUCACCCCCGACCUACAACAUUGGAAUUUCUCCAUUGACCACACGUACGACCGAUCUGUCUCACCUAACCCAUUCAUGAUCACUUCCAAAAUACAUUCCCGACAAGAGGGAGCUGGUUUCUACAACCUUGCUGCUACAGGUAACUUUGGAAAUGGGACAAACUCCAACAAUUUCGCCUACGAAGACGCCAAUGGGAACACAUAUACCAGACAGGUCAACGUUGCCUUCAAUAACAUUACUUUGGAUCGAAUAGUCGACAUGGUUGUGCUUUUGCCGACCCCCCAUUCUCUUGCCUUUCCCCUUGUGAACUGGGUGGAGAUGCUGCUACAAACUUUGCUACUUGUCCCAAGCUUCUUCCUUACUAUCUUUUCGAAUGCAGCGGUACUAGUUGACUUUCAAGUCGCCAAUCCUCCACCCGUGCCCCAGGGUACAAAGCAAUGUACCAUACAGAUAUUACAACGAGACUUCGCGUUCUCUUUUGGAUUGUCUGAAAUUGUGCAAUACGCACCUCCCACGGACUGUGGGGAACCGGGCUCUUGGGCUGGUAUUACUCUGAACUUUACCGUGACUUCCAAUGGGACUCAAUUCGACCGACUCGGCAUAUUCACGUUCCAAAAUGUCGAGAUUUGGCGCACAUCGACCCCCGAACCGACUCGCGGGGAUGGUAUAAUUUGGACCUAUGUGAAAGAUGUUACGCGAUAUACACCUCUCUUUGCGAAGAGUGGAACCUUCAUAUUGCAGUUGGAUAAUCUGAUCCAAACAGGCCUCGAUGGUGUUUACUCUACCGUACUUCACGCCACCUUCCAUGCUUCCUCUCCUACCCACCCCCCAGCGCCACAGGCAAACACCAUUAUCCCGUUGUCUACGUUGGCUAAUGACACAGGAAACGACGCCUCAGUUCCUCCGGGAUUCUCUAUCAAUGUUACGUUACCUCGAAAUGCUGUCGAAGUAUACGCCGAGCUGUACGCAUCAGGGAAUGGGAAUGAAGAAUUUUGGUAUUUCAACGUCCCCAACCAGUUUUUAUUUGCCCUACCCGCCGGGUUCGCCCUGGGCCAAGGUCCAUUCCGAGAAGUGAGAUUACUCGUCGAUGGACAAGUGGCUGGUGUCGCGUUCCCAUAUGCCACAAUAUUCACCGGAGGAAUCGUCCCAACCGCAUGGAGACCCAUAACGUCCUAUGGGGCGAUCGACUUGCCGACAUGCUUCCUAGACCUAACGCCUUUCGCUCCAAUACUGUCUGAUGGUCAGCCACACAAUAUCACUCUCGACGUGGCCUCUGCAGACCCCGACCGAACGACACUGCAGAAUUGGUUCGUGUCGGGGCUGCUCCAGGUCGUUACCGACUCUUCUUCCAAGCCCACGACCGGACGCAUCACUUCGUAUUCGGCGGACUCGUUCGCCGAAGUCUCGAAUGACGCGUCUAUAGCAUCGAACCGCGACACGGUCAUCACCGUCAAGGCUACGAGAAACAUCCAUAUCGAGGCUGAUGUCACCAGUGGAAGCGGGAAAACCAAACAUGUUGUCUUUAGCCAAAAUCUAAGUUAUUCCAACAAUGUAUUCCAAACUGCGACCGGAGCCGUUGUUUCAACACAUAACCAAGUCCAGAAAGUAGUCGACACCUUUUCCUACCCUUUAGGUAUAAACAUCACCAACAUUACACCCGAUGGGAGAAGUUGUGAGUACACAAGCGUCUAUUGGUGGGACAAUUACUCACUCGGCUUUUCAGUCAAAUCGGUGUUCGACCAUUCAUAUGAUCGGGUACUCUUACCUGCACCAUUCAUUUUGGGCUCAACAAUACGCGAACACCAGUUAGCGGACGGGUUCUUCAAUGUAGCACCAACUGGCAACACUGGCAACGGGACAAGCCAGAAUCAGCUCAGCUACGUUGACUUGUCGGGGAACACUUACAGCAGAGAAGUGAACGCGGCAUUGAACAUCAUCACGCUGGAUAAACAGAGUGGUUCGCUUGCUCCAGUGCAACAAACUUCGCUCCAGAAAGCGACGGUAUCGCAGAAGGAGGCAACUUUCGGAAGCGUUAGGUUGCCUGGUGGUAAACGAUUUGGUGUAUGA